CAGACAGACGGACGGGCUGACAAUAGGAGAGACCUUCUCUCACUGUCUUACUUUGUCUAAUGUAUCUUCAAACAGGGCAGCAGUGAUUAAUAUACACUCCAUUACAUACUGCACCUGAGGACUUUGACUCUUCUCUUGCUGACAGAUAUUCAGGAAUCAUGGUCCGCAUCGCAACCCUGAUCACUUUUCUGACUUGUAUGGUGCUGUCUGAGGCCCAACAUGAAGCAGGCUACUGUGCUUUCUAUGAGGAAUGCGGUCGUAACCCAUCACUAGGGGACACCCUCAUCCCCCCUAUUGUCCCUUGUUUAAACUACAGCAGUGCCCGAGCCAUUAAAGGAGAGCACUACAAGAAACUCAAACAGGUGUGUCCCAUGUUGGAUCGUGGAGAGGGCAACACAUUCGCCUGCUGCUCCAUCAAACAGCUGUCAUCCCUGGAAAUGAGUCUGACCCUGUCCAAGGCAGUGCUGGUCCGCUGCCCUUCCUGUGCUGAGAACUUUGCCCAUCUGCACUGCAUCAACACCUGCAGCCCCAACCAGAGCCAGACAGUUAAAGUCACAAAGGUCAUGAAUGUCACCAGCCUGGGCAAGACACGGGAGGCCGUGGUAGGUUAUCAGGCAUUCAUCAGCACCACCUUUGCAGACGCUUCCUUCCAGUCCUGUAAGAAUGUCCGGAUCCCCGCCACAGGAGGCUUCGCCAUUGCCACCAUGUGUGGUCGGUAUGGCGCCAAGCUGUGCACCCCCCAGCGUUGGUAUGACUUCCAGGGGGACUCCAGUAAUGGCCUGGCUCCACUGGAUAUCGACUUCCAACUGAUAAAAGAAGGAGACACCGCGGGUCUACCAGAAGGCGUAAUUGCCUACAAUGGACGUGCUCUUAAGUGUAAUGAGAAGACGCCAUCUGGAGGUCAGGUCUGCUCCUGCCAGGACUGCCAAGAGUCAUGCCCGAAAGUGCCGCCUCCCCCAUUGCCCCGCGGCCCCUUCAAACUGCUGGGGACGGACGGCUUCCUCAUAAUUUCAAUCAUCUUAUUCUGUCUCCUGUUAUUAGCCUUUCUUUUCUACCUUGCUGUGUCUUACCUGGUGAGGUCUCAGAAAAGAAAGGAUGAAGAGAAAGGAAAGAGGAAGGGGAAAGGCAAAGACCAGAACAGUAAUGAUGUGACUCAGCAGGUCAUUGAACCUUCAGAGGUGACGUGCGCUGAAAGGAACAGCCUGGCUGCUCAAGCUUUUCUAAGCUUAGAAUUUCAGCGCUGGGGAACCCUCAUGGCCUCUUACCCUCUCACGGUGCUCCUGUUGUCGGCUAUAGUUGUGGCUGCCUUCUCUGCUGGCCUCAAGUCCAUUCAACUCACCACUGAUCCUGUCGAGCUGUGGUCUGCUCCCAACAGCCGUGCCCGCCAGGAAAAAGAAUUCCACGACACGCACUUUGGCCCCUUCUUCAGGACAAACCAGCUAAUCUUAACAGCACCGGGCAAAAAAGGCCACAUUUAUGACUCUUUGCUGUUUGGACCACAGAACUUCAGCGGGCUUGUAUCCAAAGAGCUCAUCAUUGAACUGCUGGAGCUACAGACACGAAUCCGAAAUAUUGAGUUCUGGUCUGAGGAUCUGAACCGCACAGCAACUCUAAAGGAUGUGUGUUUUGCACCGCUGAACCCGUCCGACCCCUCCCUGACGGAUUGCGCAGUCAACAGCUUGCCACAGUACUUCCAGAACAGCCUAGACAACAUUAACGCCAAGGUGAAUAUGACAGAGCUGGGGGUAACCAAAGAGGUGGACUGGAGAGACCACUUAGUCUACUGCCUCAACUCUCCCCUAUCCUUCAAAGACAUCACUGAUUUAGGUAUGAGCUGCAUGGCUGAUUAUGGAGCUCCGGUCUUCCCCUUCCUGGCCGUGGGAGGCUACGAGAAUGACGACUUCACCAACGCUGCAGCUUUCAUCCUGACCUUCUCUCUCAACAACUACGAUCGCAGUAACCCUAAGUUCAAAGUGGCUAUGCAGUGGGAGACAGAGUUUCUUAAAAUUGUCCAGGACUACCAGAAGAACCCAGCCUCCAACUUCACCUUUGCAUACAUGGCAGAGAGGUCUCUGGAGGAUGAGAUUAAUCGAACAACAGCAGAAGAUAUUCCCAUCUUCAUGAUCAGCUAUGCUGUAAUCUUUGUGUACAUUGCUGUGGCACUGGGGGAGUAUUCUUCAUGGAAGCGCAUACUGGUGGACUCCAAGUUUCUGGUGGGUCUGGGUGGGAUCCUGGUGGUCGGCUGUUCUGUCCUGGCCUCCAUGGGCUUCUACUCUUGGAUUGGCAUCCCCUCCUCACUGGUCAUUCUGCAGGUCGUGCCUUUUCUGGUUCUCGCUGUUGGAGCUGACAACAUCUUCAUUUUUGUUCUAGAGUACCAGAGAGAUGCACGGAGGCCAGGAGAGAAGAGAGAGGAGCACAUUGGUCGUGUCCUUGGAAAUGUAGCUCCCAGCAUGCUUCUGUGCAGUCUCUCCGAGUCUGUCUGCUUUUUUCUAGGGGCCUUGUCCACCAUGCCAGCAGUGAAGUCCUUUGCUCUGUAUGCUGCUCUGGCCGUGCUCAUGGACUUCAUCCUCCAGAUGACAGCCUUUGUGGCCCUGCUGUCCCUGGAUGCCCGGCGCCAAGACAACAAUCGCUGUGAACUGCUCUGUUGUGUAACAGUGUCAACCAAGCAUCCCAACAAGCCAAAUGAGGGCUUCUUGCUGCCCUUCAUGAGGAAAUACUACGCACCUGUCCUACUGCACCGUUACACCAGAAUCAUAGUGAUGGUGGUUUUCAUCUUCAUGCUUUGUGGAUCCUUAUUCCUCAUGUUUAAUGUGACUGUGGGGCUGGAUCAGGAACUGGCUAUGCCUAAGGGCUCUUACAUGCUGGACUACUUCCAAUACCUGUACAAAUACUUUGAAGUCGGAGUCCCUGUUUACUUUGUAACAAAAAAGGGCUUCAACUUCAACACUGUGGAGGGCAUGAAUGCAGUCUGCUCCAGCGUAGGCUGUGAUCAGUUCUCACUCACCCAGAAGAUUCAGUACGCCACCAACUACCCUGAUCUAUCCUACCUGGCUAUUCCUUCUAACUCCUGGGUAGAUGAUUUCAUUGACUGGCUAAACCCUGGAUCCAGAUGUUGUCGUCUGUACGCCUUUGGUCCAAACGCUGGAAAGUUCUGUCCUGCAAGCGAAUCGCCUCUCCGAUGUCCCUGGAAGUGUAUGGCUACUCCACCGGAUGGUGUCCUUAGGCCCACUAUGGAACAAUUCAACCGCUUCCUCCCUGACUUCCUGGGUAACAGACCAGACCUGCAGUGCCCCAAAGGUGGUCUUGGAGCCUAUGACACAGCUGUGGUGAAAGAUCUGAGCGGAGAAAUUAUAGCCUCUCGAUUCAUGGCUUACCACACACCUUUAACCAACUCUCAGGAGUUCACUGCUGCGCUGCUGAAGGCCAGAGAGCUGGCCCACAACAUUACAAUGGGCAUGAGGAAAAUACCAGGGACCUCUCCUGACUUUGAAGUAUUUCCAUACACGGUGACUAAUGUAUUUUAUGAGCAGUAUCUGACCAUUGUGCCAGAGGGACUCUUCAACAUCUCCUUGUGUCUGCUGCCCACCUUUGUGGUGUGUUGCCUGCUGCUGGGUUUGGAUCUGCGCUCCGGUCUGCUCAACCUAAUCACCAUAAUCAUGAUCAUCGUGGACACUGUUGGUGUCAUGACACUGUGGGGCAUCGAUUACAACGCAGUGGCCCUUAUCAAUCUGGUCACGGCUGUGGGCAUCUCUGUGGAGUUUGUGUCUCAUAUGACAAGAUCCUUCGCACUCAGUGCUAAGCCCACACAUGUAGAAAGAGCUAAGGAGGCUACAGCAAACAUGGGCAGCGCAGUGUUUGCUGGUGUUGCUAUGACCAACCUGCCAGGCAUCCUUGUGCUGGCGUUUGCCAAAGCGCAGCUCAUCCAGAUCUUCUUUUUCCGAUUAAACCUGGUCAUUACACUUCUGGGGAUGGCUCACGGACUCAUAUUCCUUCCUGUGCUGCUCAGCUUCUUCGGUCCUGGUGUGAAUAAAGCAAUGCUGCUGCAGCUCCAGCAGGACAAAAUUAAAGCCAACCAGGAGCUGGAGAUGAGAAACAACAUCAAACAAGUAUAUGACAACCUGAGCUAUGAGGACAAUGAGACAAUACACAACCCAGACUCCAGUAGACCUUCACAAGUUACAGAUAACCAACCAGGGGCGAAAGAGGAGAGAAUUGACCGUUUCUGAGCACCAAUAACUGUUCAUGCUCGGACGAGUGAAUACCUCUGUAAAAAACUGAACAAGGACAGCCACAGAAAAGGACAGAGAUAGCGGACAAGGAGUCAUGUAUUUGGCUCAGUACACAAAUCCUUUACUUAACUAUGUACCUCAAUCAGAAAAGGACCAGUGGGACUGAAGACAACAAAACACUGUUGUGCAAUAUUUCUGAGCAAUGCAAGAGUGGACUGCUGAAAUGAGUCAACCUCCCUGUCUUAAUAUAAAAAACUAUACGUCGGUCCUCACAAGCACUGCAGCUAGGCAAGUUUUAGUUGUUUCAAUUGUGGAAUUAUUCGACAGGAAGUCCACAAAUAUUCUUGAAUCAGUCGUUUUGUAUUUUUUGUAUUGAAUGUAAUUAUUUUGUAUGUGUAAAUACUACGUUAGUACUGUUUAGGGUAAUUUUAAGGAACACACACUCCAGUUUUCAUAUUAUAGUUUCUUCAGUAGCGGUAUGAUGGUGUCAUUAUAAAAUGUGCAAUCAGUGAAAAAAUAUUAAAUGUGUUAAACAUUAGGUAUUAUAAUUUUCAAGGUUUUGUUUUAAAGUUAUUUAUGGUACAAAAAAAGAACCUCAACACACUGGAUCCUGCACCAUUGAAAAGAGGUCUAUGACUGAAAGGUUGUGUGUAAUUAAAUAAAUUAUGGAGAUUUUA